CUGUGCACGCGCUGCGCUCGUGUUCCGUCAGCCACUUCUUUCUCAACUCGUGAAGUGCAACUUUCGGCGUGUUCUAGACGCACAUUGACUGACCAUUUGCAGAUGGACAGCGUGCAUGCAAUUGCUUGCAACGGACUAAAAGUGUUUAACUGAUUUAAGUAGGAUAAUAGAAGAUAAAUGAGGAAUUAAAGAUGUGGUCUGGUCUCAUCUGACGGACUCAACGUAAUGCAGCGAUGAGCAGCGGCAGGUGAUGGUGAUGUGGAUGCUGACGCGCCGUGGCUCAACUGGUCUCCAAGUAGCGCUUUUUGCACGAUGGGCGACCGGACUAUUUUAUCGUUCAAAAGAAGUCGCCUUCUGAAUCGAAAGCAUAUAGUUAUGGUAUUAUUUAAAAAGUCAUUUUGACAAUUCCUCCAAUAAUUUUUAUUUAGCCACUUCUUGUUAAUAAAAUAUACCCGAGCAAAUAAAGAAAUUGGCCUUUUUUAAAGUCCACACCGUGUAUUGCGUAUUGCAAUAAAUCCUAAAACUUUGGUAGGAGAUUGAGUGAAAACACAGAGACAGUUUUGCCUUUAUCGAGUUAAUCCGGAUCCCGUUGGCUCGUAUGGGACUGAGGCACUCAUCGCGGUGCCUGCUCCUGCGCAGAAAGAUGGCGGAGACAGAGAGCUCGGAGCACCACCAGCAGAAGCAACAAGAGCAACGCAUCUCCAGUGUGCCCUCAUCCCAGUCUUUGCAACCAUCUCCACUACCAAAGCCAGUGACCUCUGUUCACCAUGUUCCACACCCCCCACAUACUCCACAUGUCUCUGCACUGUCCACAUGUCCCGGUCGAGGCAAGAUGGCCAAGUUGCUAAACCCAGAGGAGAUGACAUCACGGGACUACUACUUUGACUCCUAUGCCCACUUUGGAAUUCAUGAGGAGAUGCUAAAGGAUGAGGUGAGGACACUGACCUAUAGAAACUCCAUGUACCACAAUAAACACAUCUUUAAGGAUAAGAUUGUUCUAGAUGUGGGAAGCGGAACCGGAAUCCUCUCAAUGUUUGCCGCUAAGGCAGGGGCCAAACAUGUAUAUGGGAUCGAAUGCUCCAGUAUAUCAGAGUAUUCUGAGAAAAUCAUCAAAUCAAAUCACCUGGACAAUGUUAUUACCAUCAUUAAAGGCAAGGUGGAGGAGACAGAAUUACCAGUGGAUCAGGUGGACAUCAUCAUUUCAGAGUGGAUGGGCUACUGUCUUUUCUACGAGUCUAUGCUCAAUACAGUCAUCUAUGCCAGGGACAAAUGGCUGCCUGGGGGCUUUAUGUUUCCAGACAGAGCAACUUUAUAUGUUGUCGCCAUUGAGGAUCGGCAAUACAAAGACUUCAAAAUUCACUGGUGGGAGAACGUCUAUGGUUUUGAUAUGACAUGCAUUCGGAACAUCGCUAUGAUGGAGCCCCUGGUGGAUAUAGUAGAUCCGAAACAACUCGUGACCAACUCUUGCCUCAUAAAGGAGGUGGACAUCUACACGGUAAAGACCGAAGACCUGACGUUCACCUCGGCCUUCUGCCUGCAGAUUCAGAGGAAUGACUACGUUCACGCCCUUGUCACGUACUUCAACAUUGAGUUCACAAAGUGUCACAAGAAGACUGGAUUUUCAACAGCUCCUGAUGCUCAAAGUACUCACUGGAAGCAGACAGUGUUUUAUCUGGAGGAUUACCUAACUGUGCGGAAAGGAGAGGAAAUCCUGGGCAGCAUCACUGUGAAGCCCAACGAAAAUAACGAGCGUGACUUGGAUUUCACCUUCGAGCUUGAUUUCAAAGGACAGCUUUGUGAUGCAGCCAUCUCCCAUGACUACAAGAUGCGGUAAAGCUCAUCCCGGGUUGGAGUGUGACUUCCCACAGAGAUUCAGCAGAGAGGCAGAUGGUGCUAACUUCUCUGCCUCUGUCUGGAUAAAAGAGACUGCUGAACUACAGCACUCUUCUGUGAUGUCAUCAGUGCAAGUCCAGCACUACAGCAAUAGGGUGAUCACAUUCUUAAAUGCACAUACACAAUAGACUGUGAAAACAUCACUUUGAAUGUAUCUGUUCGUGAGUCUGAGAGUCUGAGUUUGUGUUUAUUUUAGUCUUACAAGAUAGCAAAGCAUUACUGUUGAACAGUAUAUGCCAACAUAAAACAAACCAAGAUAUAGUACAAUAGUGCCUCUUACAACAAAGGCUUCAGUUUGAUGUAUACAGGAUGACUUUUGUUAUAAGAGCAUGAAUAACAUUUAAGAGCUAGACAGUUUCCAUUUCAUAUUUGAUGUUUAUAUUUAAAUGAAUUAAAUUGUGUUAUAUUUAUUGAGUUAGUGUUGCAUUGUUUACAUAAUAUAGUGUGACCACUGGCAUGAUUUCUGUCUUUCUAUGCUCUUGUUCAAAUUUAUUCUGUUUACACUAUGAUUUUUUAAAGGAUCACUGAGAGUGGCUAAACUAUUUUGAACCAUUCUUAUCAAAAGCAGGAUGUACAAUAUUUAUUGUUAUUAGAGUAUAAUCAUGUGACAAUUUCAACUUUUGUUUUCUUGUUACAGUAAAAGGUCAGGUUAGUAUUGCAUUCAACCACAAACAUUUCCUCUUCUGUGUCAAACAAGUACAGUCUGUCACAGAGCAGUUCAACCUAAGACAAUGAAGGAGUGAUGACAUGUUUAACACCAACUCUAGCCAUUGUUAUUCCCUAAAUAACAUUUUCAAAGAUUUUUGGUGCUUUCAUUGUUUUUUAUUAGUAAUUGUGUUAGUAACAAAUGCCUACUGGCUCAAACAUUUCUUGUUCAAGUGAAAUAAAGAGGAUGUUGGCAAGAUUUCUGGUUGGUGUGAUUAAGGCUAUUGGAAUGCUUAAUAAAUGGGAUGUAAUAACCAAUAAUGUUCGAGCCUAACUGACUUUCUUAUCACUCACUUGG